AUGAAUACUUCUCGCCAAGCCGCCGCCAUGCAGCUGACGAAAUCAACCGCGCGCAGAACUACCUCCCAGCCGACCCAGAUGGUGAAGAAUCAGUCCCGGAUGCGACAAGAUGAGGCUCGUCUAUUAGGAGGCCACACCAAGGACCCCAAAGCCGUCAAGAUAAUGCCCGGCGCAACAAUGCAACCCAGAACAAAGCCAGGGGCAGGUCAUGCUUUCUCGCCAACAGACAGAAUCACGAGUACAUCCCGCACACCUGGACCAGUUCGUGCUCAAGCAAGACCAAGAGAUCAAGCUUCAGACAAGCGGCGAAGUCCAACACGCCCUGAAGAUCUAUUCGAGGAAACAAGCCGGCCUAGCAAGAAGCAGCGCAAGGGCGACGGCUCUGGAAUUCGUUUAACCGCCACGGGAGAUGACAAGGCGGAUCGUUCCCACCAAAGGAACAUGGGCAAUUCUUCUCAAAAUCCCAACACGAGACAAAAGCCAAAGUCUAGCGUUUCCCAAUCUGUCAAUGCAUAUGAAGAAGUGGAGAAUGAUAUUUCGACCUAUCUGAGCCGUCGUCGGACCCAUACUAAACAACCUAUGCUUGUCGAUUCUUCCGAUGACCAGUUUACUGAAAGUGCUGCGCAACAACGACGAGAAAUGCUCAGACAUUCAGAUCUGCAGGGGUCUAAGACGAAUGGCAGACAUAAAGGGAUCAAUCGUCCAAGCAUGGACAGGGUUGAGAUCCCAGAAAAGAACUCUCACCGGAACCCAACUCGUCAUCAAGACAAGGACAGGGAAAGUCCGGACGCAAUACAAGGCGAUACCACGACUCACCCCGGUAAAUCGUCGACCGACAACACCAAAACAUCACAUCUUUCCAAGAGCGAUAAGCAGCCUCAGCCCAUUACCCGAAAGCGUUCUUCAUCUGAUAUUGAACCAACGGAAUUUUCCUCGCCGUCACAGGGCAACAAGAAGGCCAAGUGUUCCGGUCAAGAGUUCAUCAAGAAACCCAUGAAAGCAUCGUAUUGCCGAUUGGGAGAAUGGACCAGGCAAUGCAGCGACGGAGAUUUUGUCCCAAUAUUUGUCGCACAGAAUGCGUUUGAAAUCCGUGCAAAAUCUCUUGGCCGCAAUCCAUCGCUCAAGAUUUCAUUUAAUAAAAUCAAAACCCUGUUCCACAGCCCUGGAAUAACGCAGAAGAAAGUGAGGAUGGUGGUAUCCGGCCCCGACGAUGGCAGUGAACAAAUAUUCAAUCUUGAGUUUCCCAACAAAGAAGCGGGUCAAAACAUGACUUUGAUCCUACGUGCACUGGGGCCACACAACGUCCCCUUCGAAACUAUGGACACUUCUGGAAACACUGCUGCGAAACCGAGGGAACGUGUCAAGGACCGACUCAGAUUGGGAGACGGGGAACUUUCCAAUGCCAAAGGCCCCAGGAAUGAGCGAGUGGGAGCUCCCGAAAAAACCCCCAGCAAGACUCAAAGCGCGUCCCCGGAUCAGACUAGAGGAAACCAUCGACCACCUAGAAAUCACGCCGCAACUGGAGUUGAGAUAUCCGUGGAGCCAUUGGAAUCCCUCGGCAGGGGGCCUCGGUCUCGGACACUUCGUGAAGUGCCCAGAGCAUAUCAUCGCGCAAUGAAUGGGUGUGAACUUUUCAAAAAAGAUCAAACUUCUGCUCUUCUUGAAAACGACGGUUUCCGGGACAAUUGGAAAGAACCUUUGGUUUACCCGCCAAAUGGCAAAAAGAAAGCCGAAGUCAAUCUUGAAGAUCGUGACCGGCUACGCGAGGACACAUAUCUCAACGACAACCUCAUUGCCUUUUACAUGCGUUUCCUUCAAGAUAACCUCGAGCGGACAAACCCCGAUGCAGCAAAACGGGUUUAUUUCUUCAACUCAUAUUUCUUUGCCACCCUCCGGCCCCAGGGCACUUCCGUGCUCAAUUACAAAGGAGUGGAAAAGUGGACUCGAAGCGUGGACCUCUUCGCCUAUGAUUACAUUCUAGUUCCCAUCAACGAAAAUCAGCAUUGGUAUGUUGCUAUUAUCUGUAACCUGCCUUGUUUGUCACUGGAAAGCACGGAGUCUGCAGAGCCUGCAGAGCCUGCUCAGACACCGUCCCCAACCGAGGAAGCAGAGACACCACACCCAGCGGAUGUGCACAGAAUCGACGAAACCCCGGAGCCCGAGUCAGAACGAAAGGCAGAGAGCUCUACUAAACUUGCUCAGAGCAAUCAUGCCGAGAGAUCUCUUGAGCUAUCAAAGGAGAACAAAUCCCAGAGACGCCCCUCUUCAUCCUCCACGGAAGAUCAAGCGCCUGCAGCCAAAGAUCCAAAAAUCUCGGAACGAGAUGCCCAAUCUUUCUCCUCCUGCGCAGACUCGGAUGCCGAUGACAAGUUAACUUCCGCUCCAAACUUGUCUAAGGUAGCAGCUCAACAGCUUGCUCAAGACGAGACUGCAGCUUCUCAGCCAACGAAACCUGACGGGAAGAAGAAAAGGUCUGGACCCAAGCUCAGUCCCAACCAACCAACCAUCAUCACCUUCGAUUCCCUCGAUGUCUCCCGUUCGCCGACUAUCAAAGUCCUUCGCGAAUACAUCUCGGCAGAGGCGCAAAGCAAGCGCGGAUUACAAAUCAACUCCAACGAUAUCAAGGGAAUGCGAUGCCGGGAGAUUCCCCUGCAACCGAACUUUUCCGACUGCGGUCUUUACCUAUUGACAUAUCUGGAAAAGUUCACACAAAGUCCCGAUUGGUUCAUUGCCAAGGUCCUCCAGCGAGGCAUGGAUUCCAACAAUGAUUGGCCUCCUCUGGGAUCUGGUCUUCUUCGGUACCGCUUGCGCACUUUCCUUGACGAUCUCUAUAAGGAGCAAAAUCUCACGAGUCGGAAAUCUAAUCAACCGACCAUGGCCGAUCGAUCACCAAUCACCUUUUUACUUGGCCCGUCUCUGUCGCGACAGAAGAACGUCACGACGGAUGAAACGGGACCACAGUCCUGCCAAGAGCACCAGCGGGAGCCCGAUGCGCCAUCUACCCCAGGCAAGAAAUCUACACCCAUGGAACGUGUGGCACAGAAAACCACCGAAGAUCGCGACCCGGACACAGUUGACGAUCAGGCGCACACGGUGUCCAUGGGAACUCCUCGAGCUUCCAAAUCAAAGAAUACCGAAUCACAGAAUACCGGAUCAAAGCAUACCGGAUCAAAGAACACCGCAGCUGGCAGGCCUCGAAACGGCCAUACUCCCACGAAGAAGCAGCCAAUAGUCCAAGUCCCCAGCAGCCAAGAGAAACCCGAUCUCCUCCAAAGACACUUGCCAGCAGAAGCUCGGCGAAAGCAACGGCAGCGGGAUUAUUGA